UGGGUAGCCAAUUGAGAGCCGCGCGUUUACUGACGUUGCUGUGUUCAGUUCUUGUCAAAACUUUGCUGUAGAGAUGGCAGCUAUGUUAGUAUUUAGGAUAUUUGGUUUGCUUUUCUUUCUGAUGCUUUGUGGAUCUCCAUCUAGCGGGCAGAAGAAAAAAGAGACUCUUUUGGCAGAAAAAGUUGGACAACUGAUGGAUUGGGCUACUAAAAGACCUGUGAUACGGAUGAAUGGUGACAAGUUCCGACGUCUUAUAAAGGCCCCACCAAGGAAUUAUUCUGUCAUUGUGAUGUUCACAGCUUUGCAGCCUCAGAGGCAGUGUGCAGUUUGCCUGAAUAUGAAUUCUGCUCCAACCUUCAUGCACUUCCCUCCUAAAGGUAAACCCAAAAGAUGGGAUACAUAUGAACUUCAGGUCCGGGGCUUUGCAGCUGAACAGAUAGCACGCUGGAUUGCCGAUAGGACUGAUGUUAACAUCAGAGUGAUUAGGCCUCCAAAUUAUGCUGGUCCUUUGAUGUUGGGAUUGUUGUUAUCCGUUAUUGGUGGGCUUGUGUAUCUGAGACGGAAUAACUUGGACUUUCUCUAUAACAAAUCUGUAUGGGCAGUUGGUGCUUUGUGUUUUGUAUUGGCAAUGACAUCUGGUCAGAUGUGGAACCAUAUCCGCGGACCACCUUAUGCUCAUAAAAAUCCUCACACAGGACAGAUGAGUUACAUACAUGGAAGCAGUCAAGCUCAGUUUGUGGCUGAAACCCACAUCGUUCUUUUGUUCAAUAUCCUUUGCAAUGAAAUUUGUAUUAUACCCUACCUGACUUUUCUGUUUUUGUUUUAUUUUCCUACUUCUGCAGUAAUGUGCAUUGCAGGUAUUGGACUGGUGGUGCUGUUCUUCAGUUGGUUGCUUUCAAUCUUCAGAGCCAAGUACCAUGGAUAUCCAUACAGGCAAGUCUUUCUGAACAUUCUUUAA